AAUUUCGCCGUUGGUAUCGUUGUUGCUAGUGAUAGAAUUUCUUUAUUUACUUGUAGUAGAAUUUCGUCGUUUGCUAGUGGUAGACUUUUGCCAUUGGUGUUGGCAUUGCUAGUAUUUUAUUGUGAUCUAUAG